AUGAUUAAGAAAAUGUCUCCAUCCGAGAACGAGUUCGACAUCCCGGCCAAGAACUGCCACCGGAUGGUGAUCCUGGGCUCCACCAAAGUUGGGAAGACGGCCAUCAUCACUCGGUUUCUGAACGAGAGGUUCGAUGACCAGUACACGCCGACCAUUGAGGAUUUCCACAGGAAAUUCUACAGCAUCCGGGGAGAAGUUUACCAGCUGGACAUUUUGGAUACAUCUGGAAAUCACCCCUUCCCUGCCAUUAGGAGGCUUUCAAUUCUUACUGGUGAUGUGUUCAUCCUGGUGUUCAGCCUGGACAACAGGGAGUCCUUCGAGGAGGUGCAGCGGCUGAAGCGUCAGAUCCACGAAACCAAGUCGUGCCUGAGAAACAAAACCAAGGAGAACGUGGACGUCCCGCUGGUGAUCUGCGGCAACAAGUGCGACAAGGACAUGUACCGGGAGGUGCAGGAGGAGGAGAUCUCCCGCCUGGUGAACGGGGACGAGCACUGCGCCUACUUUGAGAUCUCGGCCAAGAAGAACACCAACGUGGACCAAAUGUUUCAGACUCUAUUCACCAUGGCGAAGCUGCCCAACGAAAUGAGCCCGGACCGCCACAGCAAGGUGUCCCUGCAGUACUGCGACGUCCUGCACAGGAAGUCCUCCCGAAACAAGAAGUGCAAAGACGGGAACGCGUACGGGAUCGUGGCGCCGUUUGCGCGGAGACCCAGCGUGCACAGCGACCUGCUGUACAUCAAGGAGAAGGCGGUGGGAGGAGGUCAGGCCAAGGAGAAGGGCUGCAUCAUCUGCUGA